CCAACCGGUGAAUGGAAGGGCUUUUUUUUUUCCCGGAGAGGAGGGAAGGGGAGGCGGCUCCUCGCAAAAGUUUUCACCGACUUGAGCGCGCCCCUCCCCGGACUCAGCGGCGGCACUUAAAGCCCGAGAAAAAGCCCGCAGCUCGCAGUGAAGCACUCUGGUUCAGCGCUUCUGCAGGGGAGGAAUAAAAACCAGCUACAACUCAACAAUACAAACCUUACCCCCCCUCUUUUUUUUUUGUUUUUCUCCUCUUCUUCUUCUACGGACUUAAAGCUGCACAUAAACUUUGAACAGCAACUUUUUUCCACAACCAAAACCAGUCGUGGCACAAACAACCGCUCGUCGCAUUCAAGGAUCCUGGUCGGUCCCCCAUGAAAGAGGGAGUGCGGCAGCAAACUUGGGGAAAAGAGAUGUCAGCGACCGUCUUGUCUGCUUUCUACGACAUGGACAUGCUUUAUAAGGAUAAAAGCAUGAACAUGAACGCCCUCCACAUCAACAGCAUGCUGGAUAAGAAAGCGGUGGGAGCUCCGGUCACGACUCCGGGCUCCGGCGGAUCCUUCACGCCGGGAUUUUUCCGCAGAAACUCGACCAGCAACGUGGAGGCGAUGAACAACGGCAACAAAUACUCCAUGGGCUCCUACGGCAGUCUGAAGGAGAACACACCGAGCAGCAACAGCAGCGCCACGGCCCUCAUGAACAAGGAGAACAAGUUCCGCGACCGCGCUUACAGCGAGAACGGAGACCGGGGCGUCCUGCAGCAGAAGCCCGGCUCUCAGAUCAACUCCACCCGCUACAAGACCGAGCUGUGCCGGCCCUUCGAGGAGAACGGGUCGUGCAAGUACGGGGAGAAAUGUCAGUUCGCUCACGGCUACCACGAGUUGAGGAGCUUGUCCCGCCACCCCAAGUACAAAACGGAGCCGUGCCGCACCUUCCACACCAUCGGUUUCUGCCCCUACGGUCCCCGGUGUCACUUUAUCCACAACGCCGACGAGCGCCGGCCCGCUCCGCCCGCCAACGCCAACGUGCAGGCGGGGGAGCCCCGGUCGGCCCGGGAGCUGUGCGGCUACGGCCAGAGGGACGUCCUGCCGCCGCAGCAGCUCGGCUACACCCAGCGGGACAGACCAAAGCUUCACCACAGCCUCAGCUUCUCCGGCUUCUCCACCCACCACGGACUCGAGUCUCCCCUGCUCGACAGUCCCACGUCCCGGACCCCUCCGCCUCCCACCACCGCCUCCUCCUGCACCUCCGCCUCCAGCUUCUACGAAGAGGUCCUGUCCCCCAACUCCGUGUCCUGCAUCAACAGUGCCUUCUCUUUCCCCGGACAGGACUUAAAGGCCUUACUGGCCCCCCUGGCUGUGCACACCCCCAGCGGCUACGCCAACAACCACUCCAGCGGUGCCUACUACGGGAACAUGCAGAGCAGCGUGUGUCCGUCCUCCCCUCCGACCUACAACAUGAGCCACUUGCAGGCGCUGCGCCGCCUCAGCGAGUCGCCGGUGUUCGAGCCUCCUCCCAGCCCGCCAGACUCGCUCUCUGACCGGGAGAGCUAUGCGAGCGGGUCCCUCAGCUCUUCCGGGAGCCUCAGUGGCUCCGAGUCCCCGAGUCUGGACGCUGGAAGACGGUUGCCAAUCUUCAGCAGGCUGUCGAUUUCAGAUGACUAAUGGUGUUUUUGUUUUCAUGUGGAUUACGGACGGUUCCGGGGGUGGUGGGGUGGGGGGGUGUCAGAGAGUGAGCUAGACUUGUCCUUCGAGCAGAGGGUCCCCGGUUGAGCCCCCCACCCCCGCCUCUCCACCCUGGUUCAGCAGCAUCCACCCUGCUGAAGUGCCUUUGAGCAAGACAUUGAGUCCCUACCAGCUCCAGGGGUGCUGACCCUGCUCUGACCUCCCUGGAGGGGGGCAAGAGAAGAGUUUCACCCGCAGGGAUCAAUAAAGCUUCAUACAGUUUAAAGUGUCCUUGACCUGGCAUUAGUGUAGUAUUUUGUUUUUUUUUUUCCUUGUAUGUAAUAUAGCUGUAUUAAAAACUUAGAUAGCAAA